GCACGUGCAGUGCACAUCAUGAUCUCAAAUCGCUCCCAUCUUUGAGUUUUCAUCCUAGUCUUGCUCUGAUGCUGUCUGGUUAUGCUAUCUUCAGUAAGCUAGCUCAUCUCUUUAGGCCUCAGUUUCUCCCCGUCUUUGACACGCAGUUACCUUCAUCUCAAGGAUUUUAUAAAGGUGAAGUAGAUGCUUAUUUAAGAAUGUGUUUGUAAUUGAGCUCUAGAUAUACAGAGGGAGUCACUGUUUUUGCACAGCUUACCCUUGGACUCCGCAGCCGAUCACCUUGUCAGAUGGAAACAGCCACAGGAGAGCACCAGCCUGAGGGUGGCUAAUAAUGUGCAUUGUUCUGUGUCCUACAUAGUUGUGCAAUGCCUGGUAAUAACAGAUAGCUGUAAAGAUUCAUUAUGUCCUGUGUAGCUGCAGAUAUUUGUCCUCCUCCUGCAUUCCUGAUGGGGAGAGGCCCGCAGAGAGCCAUCCACUGCACACAGAUAAACCCUCCUUUAAGAGAACAGAGUAUAUGAAAUUCCAAACCUACAAAACAGUGGAGGAUUAUUAAUGCAAUCCAAAGUGAUUCUCCAUUUGAAGAAAGGACCCAUUGGCAUUUCUUUAAAUAGGAACCAUGAAUGUUUUCAGAUUGAAAGUAAAAACCUAGGUAAUAAAAAGCUUGGCAGGCAAGGAUGAGAGAAGGCAGAAAAACCUAAAGCCAUGCCUGGUAUUAGUGUCUACUGAUGGUGAGUGAGAAAUGAAGCUGAAAACCUUCAAAAAAGUGUCCCUUUCUAGUAAUAGAUCUGGAUGUGUAGAUAUUCUAUUUAUAGGCACCUGUUUCAAAAGUUGGGCUAUGGUUUUAACGGAGUGACCCUCAUAUCAGUCUUCAUUUGCACAAAAGGGCUUUUAUUCCAUAAAGUGUUGGGUUUCAAAGUUGCAUUUCUCAAAAUAGUAGAAUGUCUCCUCUUCCCACACCCCCGAAAAGGAAGAGGACCGCUCUAGAGUUAUCCUCUGUUAAUUUUACCAACUAAGAAUUUGAAAAAACAAACCAUCAUAAUUGUUUCAUGAACAAACAGUGCAUUUUAAUUCAAUAAUUAAGCAUUUAUUGAGAUGCCAAGAUGUCCCAAACAGUGUGCUAAGUGGUGGCUGUUUAAUGGCAAACAAGACAAGGCACACCCCUGCUCUAAUGGACUUGGAUGGGGGACUGACCCUAAACAAGCCAACAGAAAAGCACUAGUUCUAAGAAAAACUCUUAAGAAGUUCAGAGCACAAGCUCUGAAGAAAAACCAGAGGCUAAAAUCAUGGUGAGGAGAGGAGGCUUGCCCUUUGAUUAGGGAAUGCCUUUCUGAGGAAGGCUCAAUUCAGCUGAGACCCAGAGGGAAAGGAGGAGCUGGGCAUGGAAAGGGAUGUCAGUAUUCCAAACAGAGGACACUGCUUGUGCAAAGGCCCUGAGGUGGGAAAGAAAAUAGGACAGAUGCCACCUUAGAAUAAAGGAUGGCUCUUUGAAUUAAAUACAUUCAGCUUUAUGAAAACCCCACAACAAUGUCUUCCUUCCUUCCUUCUUCCCUCUGUCCCUUCAUCCCGCAUUCUGCCAUGGCGUAGUAAAAAGCUUUUUUGGCCCAGCACUGAGAAUCCUGCUUUAGGAGGUAGGAGAUACACAUCACGUGGGAAGGAGCAUAGGAGCGAUCAAGGUGAGACUUCCUGGGUGCCACUCUGACUCCAGGGAGGAUGGGGCUGCAGCCUGUUGAACCUGCCCUGGAAUCUCUUUUGCAUUCCUGGAGUCUAAUUUCUGUGUCCGUCAGAACCCAGGUACACCCGAGGCAUUGGCCACUGGCCUGAGAGUGUGAACAGCUUCUCGGUAGGUGAGUAAGCGGCCGCCCCGCGGCUUGGACGUGUGGGCCGAGCGCGCCUCCACGAGGUGUCUCGCGUCUUGGCCUCAGGGUUGCUGGUGUUCGCAGGUUGCUCCCCAGGCUUUGUUGCUUUCCCUGAAACAGGCUGGAACUGUUCCCUGGCAGAAAACGAGACUGGGCCGCGCAGAGCCUUUCCGCAGGCAGGGGACUCAGUGCCGAGAGUUGAAAGAAUAGCCCUUUCACUCAAUUGUUUCUUAAGCGCGGGCUGCGUGGCGCUGCGUGCGUGGCGCUGCGUGCGUGGCCCUGCGUGCGGCGCCGUGGGGGUGGGGCAUGGCGCCCCCGGACGCCUCGGUCCUGCGCUUUCCGCUCCUGCCCAGGACUGCCUUUGUGGAGGCUGCUCUUGUCCCUCUGCCAGGCUUAACCUCUUGCCAGGUGGGGGAAGCUUCUAGUUUCCUUCUGUUCUGACCCCUCACGCCCAGUGGGUACAAGUGAAUCCUAAAUUAUGUCCCUGACUUUCGGAGCCGCAGGGAGCGCGGAGGCGUUGAAGACAGUUUCGGUUGUUUUCUUUGACCAAUUUUGGCUCUUCCAACCCGCCUCUCCUGCUCUCAUCCAUCCUUUGUCCCUUAUUGUCACCGGCUUCUGAGAAAGCAAGGAACCCUAUCCAUCUCUUCCAAAGACUGGGCUUCUGGAUUUUUCUACGAGUGGUAGUUUACUGUCUGCAUAGAAACAGACUAGUAUAUUCUAAGGAGUUGAAUCCCUUUCAAAAGUAGUAUCUACUUGGCAGCGGGAUGAAGAAGGGAUGCAGGGAAAGGGCAGGACUGCCUGUGGAUGGAUUCUGAACGUCUGGGGCUUUAUGCCACCACCUCAGGCUCACAGCCCUGGGCGGGCUUUAUUGUUGCUAUCUUGGGAGAAGGAAACUGAGUCUUAGGGAGGUGCCACCUUGACCAGUGCCCUCAGCUCCUCAGGGAUGGAUCCAGGGUUUGAGCCUGGGUCUCCCGCCACAUUGGGGUGCCUUGUUUCCUGUGCUGAGUGAACUGCUCCCCCUGGUUCCUGGUGAAUAAUGGCUUUGAGGGGGUUUGUUUUAUGUUUCCCAUCAUGGCCAAUGCCAUUUUGUUUCUCCAUCACUUCUUUCUCCUGGCUGUUAGUUCAGUUUUUCUUCUUGCAACCUCACCUUACCACAUAAACUGCCUUUCCUUGGUGACUCAGUUGUUUCUUUUCUCUCCUAUUUUUGGGACAGGAUGGGUCUCAUGGUUUGGGACAGGUUGAGCAGUGUUAUCUGAAGGCAAACUGAAGGCCACAAAGCCUGUCUUUCUUGCUUUUGCUCCCCUAUCUGUAACCCCCCCCCCCCCAUCUUGGUGCCUCCUACCUCAAGCACCCCUAACCUCUCCCUCCUGGAUAGAUGCCCAAAGGGCUCUCCUCCUCAUCCUGUGCCCCACAUUCUCAGGUAAGAUUUACUACCUGUAAAGGUCCUGUUUCAGUUUUAACCUCUGAAGUGCCUUUCAAAGCUUGCAAACCCUUCCUUUUCUUUCCUUCCCUUUCUGCAUUCAUCCCUUAUUCGCCUCUAGUAGUCAUGUGUGGACCCAGGCAGAACUGAAAUCCUUUGGGAAGGGUCAUUGCUACAUCUUUUAAAAGUCAAGGCUGGUGCCAUGAUGAUAGUCUUGCUGACCUCAACCUGUUCAAGGUCCUUGAAUGAGUGGAUAGGCUCUCACUGUGUUUGCCUCCUAGAAUAGUCUGGGCACAGACCAAGAUGACGUAACUGCUGCCAGGAAGGAGAAGCUUCAUCCUCCCAUUUGCCACCCAGAGUGCAGUUUCUCUUCCUUCCUAGUUGUUUGAUUGUGUGUCUGUCUUACUGAAUAGGAGCAAGAGCUUGACUUGGGAGUCCAGGAGCAGCAUUCAUAUACCAGCUGCUUUGAAAUCUCUCUCAAUCAAUCAAUGCAUCAGUCACCAUCUAUCUCCCUAUGCAUCCAUCCAUCUCUUUCUAUGUACUUACCUACACAUAGGCCCAUGUGCAUAACACAGAUACAUGCAGAUUUUGUAGAGUUUUGCUUAUAUAAGGAAGCCUACAUUGACCUCUCCCCAAAGCACAAUUCAUGGUUUGUACGUAUCUGCAGGUCCCAUGAGCAUGUGUCCAUUCUGAGUUCUUUAAUCUGUCUUGGCAUGAGAAAAGGAUCCUGAGGCUUCCCCUCUAAUGGCCUGUUGUUUUUAAUGGUGAUGAUAAUAUUCAGCCCACUGGAAUGGUCUGUGGCUGAUGUUUACAGUCUUUUGCUUCUGCCUCUCUGAUUGGGGCUCCUGAGGCUAAGGAGGCAGCGGAGGGACCUGGUACCCCUGACCUGGCUACUUCCACAAGCUGGUCAUUAAUGUUUGGGCAAAUGGAAAGGCACACCUCAUAAAUGGCCUCCUGUGGCGGUUAACGCUAUCAUUGGACAGAGGGAGAGAGAGGAAGGAUUGGAGGGGUGAAAACUACCAUUUUAAGGUGCUCUUGGUGAAGGAAACAAGCCCUCAAAGCUAUGAGCAGCAAGCAGCUUUCCCAUCCCUCUGGAGAGAUGAGAUAAGGUGAAGUUGACCCAUUCUUCCUUCACCUAUUGGUUGCUGAGAGAACUGCCUGGCAGGAUGGAGGACUGGGUAUUCCUCCCAGGGACUGGAAAUCCGUCACAGCCAACCUCCAGGGAUGGUUUGAGGAGAAACACUGGGGACCCUCUGCUCUGGAUUGAUCUGGAGCCAGAAGGAAGAGUGUACGUGAUCAUCGAUCUCUCGGGGUCAUCAGGUGAAGCCCCUAAAGACAAUGAAGAGCGCGUGUUCAGGGAGCGCCUGCGGCCAAGGAAGCGGCAGGGGGCUGUCAGGCGCAGGGUGCACCAGGUCAACGGCCACAAGUUCAUGGCCACCUACCUUCGGCAGCCCACCUACUGCUCCCACUGCAGGGACUUCAUCUGGGGUGUCAUAGGAAAGCAGGGAUACCAAUGUCAAGUUUGCACUUGUGUGGUCCACAAGCGAUGCCACGAGCUCAUAAUUACGAAGUGUGCUGGAUUAAAGAAACAGGAAACUCCCGACGAGGUGGGCUCCCAGCGGUUCAGCGUCAACAUGCCCCACAAAUUCGGUAUCCACAACUAUAAGGUCCCUACCUUCUGUGACCACUGUGGGUCCUUGCUCUGGGGCCUCUUGCGGCAGGGCUUGCAGUGUAAAGUCUGCAAGAUGAACGUUCAUCGACGCUGUGAAACCAACGUGGCUCCCAACUGCGGGGUGGACGCCAGGGGAAUUGCCAAAGUGCUAGCCGACCUAGGCGUCACUCCAGACAAAAUCACCAACAGUGGCCAGAGGAGGAAAAAGCUCAUGGCUGGUGCCGAGUCCCCGCAGCCUACUUCCGGAAGCUCACCAUCAGAGGAUGACCGAUCUAAGUCAGCACCCACGUCCCCUUGUGACCAGGAAAUAAAAGAGCUUGAAAACAACAUCCGGAAGGCCUUGUCGUUUGACAACCGAGGGGAGGAGCACCGGGCAGCCUCGUCCGCCAAUGGCCAGCAGGCAAGCCCUGGAGAGAACGGGGAAGUCCGGCAGGGCCAGGCCAAGCGCUUGGGCCUGGACGAGUUCAACUUCAUCAAGGUGCUGGGCAAAGGCAGCUUUGGCAAGGUCAUGUUAGCAGAACUCAAGGGUAAAGAUGAAGUAUAUGCUGUGAAGGUCUUAAAGAAGGAUGUCAUCCUUCAGGAUGAUGACGUGGACUGCACCAUGACAGAGAAGAGGAUUUUGGCUCUGGCGCGGAAACACCCCUACCUAACCCAACUCUAUUGCUGCUUCCAGACCAAGGACCGCCUCUUUUUUGUCAUGGAAUAUGUAAAUGGUGGAGACCUGAUGUUUCAGAUUCAGCGCUCCAGAAAAUUCGACGAGCCUCGCUCACGGUUCUAUGCUGCAGAGGUCACAUCAGCCCUUAUGUUCCUCCACCAGCACGGAGUCAUCUACAGGGAUUUGAAACUGGACAAUAUCCUUCUGGAUGCAGAAGGUCACUGCAAGCUGGCCGACUUUGGGAUGUGCAAGGAAGGGAUUCUGAAUGGUGUGACCACCACCACGUUCUGUGGGACUCCUGACUACAUCGCUCCCGAGAUCCUGCAGGAGUUGGAGUACGGCCCCUCGGUGGACUGGUGGGCCCUGGGGGUGCUAAUGUACGAGAUGAUGGCUGGGCAGCCCCCCUUCGAGGCUGACAAUGAGGACGACCUGUUUGAGUCCAUCCUCCACGAUGACGUACUGUACCCGGUGUGGCUCAGCAAGGAGGCCGUCAGCAUCUUGAAAGCUUUCAUGACCAAGAACCCCCACAAGCGCCUGGGCUGUGUGGCGGCACAGAACGGCGAGGAUGCCAUUAAACAGCACCCAUUCUUCAAGGAGAUUGACUGGGUGCUCCUGGAGCAGAAGAAGAUCAAGCCGCCCUUCAAACCGCGAAUUAAAACCAAAAGAGAUGUCAAUAACUUUGACCAAGACUUUACCCGGGAAGAGCCGGUACUCACGCUCGUAGAUGAAGCUAUCGUGAAGCAGAUCAACCAGGAGGAAUUCAAAGGCUUCUCCUACUUUGGUGAAGACCUGAUGCCAUGAGAGACCACUCCUGCCGACGGAUGUUUUGUAAUGCUGCAAGAAGUGGCGCCAUAAAGAGUCCUAUUUUCCAGACGCUCAGAAGGUCAUGAACUACUUCUCCUCCAUGGAGCCCCAGUCCCAUGUACGCUCUCUAUUUAUUGCAUUCCCCUUACCCCAGCCAGAUCCUCCUUCCUUCACCAGUGACCAGAAGGCACUCUUGGUUCCUGCCUCACCAGGAAUGCAGAAGCGCAUUGGGUCAGAAGUUAGCCCUGCACACUGCCGUGUUUGUACUGUUGGCAAGCCUGGUUUCACUUCUCGGGGGCACCUGGCAGCAAAGCAACUUCAUUUCUUUUUACUGCAGAUGAAAAAAGCAAACAAGAAGACUCUGGCUCAGCUACUGGACCCAGAGACCUGACAAGUCUCACUUCCCAUCCUGCCUGUAUCGCGGCUCACCAUCCUCUGCCCUUCUGUCCAGGAGGAUGAGGGGGUGGGCACCCUCAGGGCGCUCUGUGAAGAAGGGAGGGAGCCUGGGAGACACACAGGUCACUGGCUGUUGAGUUUCUUCUGGAAUGGCUAGUUCUUGCUUGCUUUGGUUUUAGCUUUGGGGCAUGCCAAAGUCGUGUAAGCAUGUGUGUUGUGGAAGAAAUCACUUUUCGUGGAAAAAGAAAUUUGAUUUUGGACUCUAUUAACAUUUGAAAAAUAUAUUAUGAAAUUCAUUUUCUAAUUGGCCCAAAGAUAUAAAUUCUAAUAUUCAUACAGGUAGAUAUUAAAGGGCUAAUAUACAGCAAGAAACAAAUCGUCCAGGGUUUAUGCUAUUUGUGCUCUAGUGGCACGUGGGGUCUCCAUGAAUUCCGAGACAAGGAAACCAGCAGUGGUCCUCAUUAUUGAAGUUCUACCUGAACACAGAGGCUGCCGCAGCGAUGGCCAGAACACUGGGGUUCUAGCACAACUCGGCUCCCACAUUCUUUUUCCAAUUUCGUCCUAAAUCCCCAGCAUAAACUCUAUUUAUUUUCUGCAGCAGUGUGUUAUUGUUUGUGCACUUCUACAAAAUGGUAGUACUACUGUGCUGUGGUUUUUAAAAACUAAACAUGCAAAGUAAUAUAUGAAAUAUCUGCUUUUGGAACAAGCAGAAUGAGGCUAAACAUGGGUUUUGCAGAUGGUGGAGAGGCUGAAGAGUGACUCCUUUGAAAACUGACAAUGUGGCAAGAUGUUCUCAGAAUUGGUUUGUGUGUGACGUGAAAGGGAACUCGUGGACACGAAUGGAUAUGAUGUUACCUCCUGUAGAUAUGCUAACAGUGUUAUCCAUUCUUUGAUUUCCAAGGGUUCUCUGUGACUUUGUGUAUAUGUUUCCCGGAGGCCCUUUGAUUAUCUAUUUUACAGAACUGAUUUAGCAGGGAAUGGAAUCCAUUCCAACUGUUGCACGUGGAUUUCCCAGCUGCUCCUAAAUAUAUAUAUACUUGUGAGUGGCAAAGUGGCACUAAUGAAGCUUUUUGCCUUUUGUACAUUUGAGAUUUUUGUAUAUAGUGUUUGCUGCAAGGCCUGUGGAAUUAAUUCAUUGAAUAUUGAGGUAUCAACUGCUGCAUGUUCAGGCAUAUUAUAAAACUUUAGUCUAUGAAAGAAUAAUUAUAAUAAUGUCCAGGUGCAAUACUCUGUACAUGUAUUGGUUCAAGUUACCGAGAGAUAAGAUGCGUUUCUCUUUUUUUGGGGGGGGGGGUCCCUUCAUAUUGUUUAUUAACUUUUGGUUUAUUUUAUAAGAUGUAAACAUAUAUUGAGCUAUAUUAAAUCUUGCGGAUGGUUCUCCCAUGCUCUAUUAUGCCCUGAUAGAGAUGGGGAAGAGGAAAGAAUGUUGUCAGUGGUGGUUCCAAGGCUUGGACAAUGACUAUCUUGAGCCCAUAGAGUUUGUGUCCAUAUUUGCAUCUGGCUGGUCAUGGCCUUUGUUAUUAAUGAUGACAUUCAGUUCUCUUUUGUUUUUAUUUAAAAAAAAACUCAGGUGUAAUUAUUAUCUAGUCUUAUGAGAUUUCAAAUAUGAAAUAAUGAUGCUUUAUCGAUUCAUGUGUUUGGCAAACCAGUGAAGUGAUGAUGAACAUUAGAUUAAUUUAAUUUAUCUUUGGUAACUUGAUGUACUGGGGAGAGACUGUAUUCUGGAGUUGAGUACAAGCACAGAAACAUCUUCACGGUGGCAUCAUCUCAUUUUUUUAGGAAGACAUGACAAUCCUGCCCAUCAUACUCAUGCAUCACUACUGCUUUCUGUUUUUCUUCUGGCUCCAUAACCGUUAUGAACUUUGGACAAGCAGGCAAGAGCUACCUGCAGUCCAAAAUGGCCUUGUCCAAGGGGCUUGUGGUGUUGGCACAUCAGCAGGGGUUGGGCCCUUCCUACCAGACAAUGGGCAUUUUUGCAGGGAAGUCAAACAAUACAUUCCACCCAGCAGCUCCAGGUAGUCAGUCUGUGGGUGUCCUGCCGCAGAGAGGCACCUUCCAGCACCCCAAGCCAGGGAAGCUGAGAUGACCCCAGCUUGGAGCUGGAGCCCAUAAAGUUCUCACACAAGUAGAUUUACAUCCAAAGCAGAUCUAUAGAAAAAGGCUUGUCUGUUCCUAGAGUAUUCAUUGUUUCAUUUUCGUUUUCACAAGGGUUUGGAAAUGUACACACUGUUACAUUUCUGCCAAUUCUUUCUAAUCUUUCCAGUGUUCUCUCUCUUUUUUAAAGAAAAACAAAAUGGAGUGCAAAAAAAAAUGCCAAAAAAAUAUAUGAAGGAUACCUGUUCUCCUGUAUACUCUCAUUAUGGACUUUGUGAAGUGGAAAUAUAAUUUUUUCUCCAAAGGUGAAAAAAAAUGCAUUCUUGCUUUAAAAAAAAAAAAAGAAGGCUAAAAAAAUUACCUCUUUUUAAAUUAUGUGCAAAAUAAUUCUGACUAAAUA